AUGCCGGACGAGUGGCUCCAAUGGCUUCGAGCUGCCAACAUUUCGAUCCACGAGCGUGAGCGCAAUCCGGAGCUGGUGAUCGAAGUACUUCAGUGCUACGAUGCGGCUACUCAUCAUGCCAGACGUCAGAAAUUUAUCAUGACUCACCGAACCGAUUGGGGUUGCUCUCCGGCUCGCAGAUUGACCGGUUCGCGUGACUCCAACCGAAUCAGUUCAACUGCCCAGUCUUUGUCGAGUUACAUGGGUGCCGAGCAAACCGGUCCCACAGACUCCGUGAGUCCCUCCGGAGAUGCUGACGGCACGUCCGUAUCCACAUCCCGCACAGACCCUGGCUUGUUCGCACGUCUGGACAUGAACGAGCUAGGUCGUACUCCUCCUCCAGUUCCGCCACAUUGUGCAUCCACUUGUCUUACCUCAGGCGAUUCGGGGUCUGUAGCACCGAAUGCAAAUGGUGUUGGACAAACUCCGGGGACUUCGGGUGCGCAGUCUACAGACUCCUUACCUCCAUCGGUUCCAGCGGCUUCAGUAGAUCCGAACAAUCUUAGCUUAUCCACUGAGUGCAGUUCCGGUUUCCAGGAUCACGAACGUAUCACUAAUAUGGAGGGUUUGUUGGGUCCGGCAAUUUCCGAGGAUUUCAUCGAUUGCGGAUCAUUUGGAAGCUAUUCGAACAUCUAUUACGGAAGUAUCGCUUCCGGGCCUCUGGGUGGUAGCAUUGCGAAAGAGACCUGUCCUGCUCCGGACGAUUUGGCACCCUCGUUUAUCGAGGAGGAACCGUAUGGGGUGGAAGAGUUGGAUUUCCUGUCCGAUCACGCCACACAGCUGGCAUUACGUGAGGUCGGGUCUGGAAAAUUUCACACUGUGGGACGAACAGCGCGAUUGCAUGCGGACAAGAAUUCGGUAGGUCGUGAUUAG